CAAACCGCAUCGUACGACGGGUGCGAGUAACGAAAUGAAUUUGUGAGUACCGAAUCGAUACUUCGAGUCAACCGAUGUACCCCUUACUCAGUAACGAACACAUGCGGUUUGCUCCAACUAUAUAUACCAGUCAAAGAAUCUCUAAGAUUCUUUGAUACCAGUGGCGUCUUAUAUGCCCUCGGGUAGGGUAAUAUGUUUUUCACUGCAAACUCUAUUAUUGUUAUUUACCUCUUUCAUAAAGUGCUCUCUAGUUGCGUUUUCCAGGAUAGUAAAUAUAAUCUGUCGUUAUUGGAUUGGCCAGGUGGAUGGCCUGUAUCUGGGCCAAAGAUAAAUGGAACUUCUACAUACUAUGAAAUAAGUAUAUGCCAUCCUCUCAACUAUACUCAAUUUUCUCUUAGCCAAGGGUGUCCAAAAAGUUCCAUUUGUCAAAUUUCAGGUGAAAAAGCUGUUAGCUUUGGAAAGGCCAUUGAAAGUCCGUCUGAUUAUAGAAUUUCUGACAAUGGUGAUACUGGCUUUUCCCUUUAUGUUCGUACUAGUGAAUUGUGUGGUUCAAGUGGAGUAUAUCAAGCUACCAUAAAUUUUGCAUGUGGGCCGAAUCUUGGAGCACCAGAACUUAUAUUAUGGAGUAAUUGUCAAGUGAAGUUCUUCUGGAGAACUUCAGCUGCUUGCAUCAACAAACCUAGAACUCAUCAAGUUCCUUGUUAUGUUAUUGAUAAUGAAGGCAAUAAGCAAGAUUUGUCUCAGCUGAUUUUAAGGAAAGGAGGUUAUUCUGUAACUAAUUUUUUCUCAGAGGCUUUUCAUUUUAUGAUUAAUAUAUGUUCUGAGAUAUUUGGUGAUGAGGGUUGUGGUUCAAACUCCUCAGCAUGCAGAGUUAAUUGGAAUGAACGUUUAUCAUUUGGGAAACCACAUGGGCGUCUUCAGUAUACCCAGGAAGGACUAAUAUUGUCUUAUUUAACAGAUGAAAUAUAUUCAAAGCCACCUAAAGGAUGUAGUCUCAAACCAAAGACAACUAUCAUAUUUAAAUGCCGUCAGAGAAAUGAAAGUUUAUUUCCUGUGCUGCGUCGUCCCACAUCAAACUGUCAGUAUGAGAUUAUUUGGUCCACUGAAUAUGCUUGCCCUGAAAAUGUAUUAAAAGGAAGUGUGGAAACUUGUCAGUUUACAGCUGAAUCUAAUGGAGUUGAAAUAGAUUUGAGCCCUUUGAUAAAAUGGCCUGCUUUUAAUAUUCCCAGUAUUUCUGGAAAUUCUACAUUCGCUUUAAGUGUCUGUGUUGGACUUCAAAAUUUUACUUGCAGUGGUAAAAAUUGGAACUCAACAUCUGUUUGCGCCAAUGGAACAACAAAUUCAUCUGUGAUAAUUGGUACCACAGAAGGAUCACAUCUUAUAUAUGCAGAUAAUAUAGUGAUCUUAACUUAUCCUGGACGAGAAUCAUGUGAUAAUGAUACAGAUGAGUCAUCUAGAGUAAAGUUUCUUUGUGAUUUUGAUGCUAGUAAUAAUGGCAAUGGGGUGCCAUAUCAUAUAUCAUCAGAUCCCUGCUUUCAUACAUUUGAAUGGAAAACAAAACAUGCAUGCGUAAAACCUUCAUUAGAUGCUAUACUUUUAAAAUGGACAAAGCACUGUUCUGUCCAUUUUAAAAACAAAACUAUCGAUCUUAAAAAAUUAUUUUUAGAAAAAUGGGAUGGUAAAAUGUGGGAAGCCAUUGAUGGAAGAAAUAUAAAUCAUAAAGAUAAUGCGAAGUAUUACUUGAAUGUUUGUGGCCAGGUGGCAUAUAUAAGUCACUUAAGUAGUUGUGGUCAAGGUUCUUCUGCUUGUGUUUUGGAUAGCAAUGGUAAAUAUUUGAAUUUAGGAAACUUUACUUCACCACCAAUUUAUGAUAUUAUUUCAGAUUCUGUCCGAUUGACUUAUACUGGUGGAAGCCCUUGCAAAGAUGGAAAACAGUGGAUAUCAACUAUAAACUUUUUUUGCCGAUUUGGGGAUCUUGAUUCUAGACCAGUAUUGGUACAUAUAGAUGAGUCAGAAUGCCAGUAUAAAUUUGAAUGGCACACUGCUAGAGCUUGCCCAGAAGGCUUUGUUGAGGGUGCUAACUGUAAAAUACAUGAUGAUAAUAGAGGUAUUAAUUAUGAUCUCUCACCUCUUAAACAUAAAGUAUACAAAGUUGAUACUGAAUCUCACAAAUUCUUUAUUCGUAUUUGUGAGCCACAGCAUGGUAUUUUUCAUGAGGACAAAAUAAAUUCUUCAUCAUGGAUUAUUUCCUUUUCUGGUUUAUAUUAUAAUCGUGGGACUAUUAAUUCAUUUCAUCGCUUUAGUUACCCAUUGCAAGGUGGCGCUAAAAUAUUUUACAUUUGUGAUUUUAAUGCUGGAAAUGGAAGUCCCCAUUUUGUUAGGCAUGAUGGAUUUUCUUACAUUUUUCAUUGGUAUACUAGUUUACUUUGCACUAACUCUUCGACUGUGUGCAUGGUUCAAGAUCCAUUUUCUCAUUUAAUUUAUGAUCUCUCAGGAUUAUCUAUAUAUGAAAACAAUUGGGUACAUGUUGUAAAUGAAGAUAAUAAGGAAAGCAAGGUCUAUUUGAGUAUUUGUCGACCUCUCACUCAGCCUUUAAUUUGUGAUUCAAGUGCUGCUGCAUGUAUGGUUGAAAAGGUUGGGGGAGAAGAGAAGGUUGUUAUAUCUAAUUUGGGGCAGCCAGUCAGCCUUCCAGUUUUAGAGAGUCCUGGUCAUCUUAUUCUCAAGUAUACUAAUGGAAAUCCUUGUACUGAAUAUAGUGAAAAUGCUACUUAUUCAACAGUAAUACAUUUUCUAUGUGCAAAGGAUAAAAUGAGUAAAAAUGAUUUACAGUUUUUAAGUAAAGUUAGUGCUUGUGAAUAUACCUUCUUGUGGAGAACUAAAGCUGCUUGUCCGACUGGUGUUUCACAAUCUUUUGAAAGUUGUGAGUUAACUGAUCCUGAUUCUGGUUUUACUUUUGAUCUCCUCUUUGGAAAGUCGAUGAGCCAUAUACAAUAAAGACAUACUUUAAUACUACAUUCCAGCUUAAUG